AUUUCAGACGACAACGACUGUACGUCAGGGAGGGAAUUCUGUACAAACAAGAGAUUAGGCCUAUAUAUAAUAAAAUCAAAUUGUUGUAUACAGUAUAGGCUUUUAUAUGAGCUUUGGUUUUCAUCUCAUUUGCUGAAGGAUGGAUGCUAUUCUACAGUAUGAUCCAAGAAAGGAAGAAACAUUUUAUCAAGUACUAGGUUGCAAUCCACUAUCAACAGUUGAGCAGAUCAACACUGAAUACAAGAUAAAAGCAUUAAAAUAUCAUCCAGACAAAAACCCAGAUGACAUGAUCGCUGCGCAAGAAUUUAGCAAGAUUCAGCGAGCACGGGAUAUUCUCGUCAAUGAAGAGAAACGCAAAGAGUACGACAUGUGGCUGUCCUCCGGAUUGCAUAUACCUUACGAAGAAUGGUCUCGCCUAAAAGAUUCUGUUAAAACAUCAAUGCAUUGGUCAAUGAAAGUAAAGACAGACCCAAUGAUUGAAGAUACCACCAAAGAUGUAGAAGAAGAUGAUGCAAAAUAUGGGAACAACCAAGCUUCAAGUUUUGCAGAAUGGAAACGACAGCCACAAAGUGAUAUAAUAAACAAAUUUAGAAAUUAUGAUAUUUGAAAAUUAUGGUUAUAUGGAAAAUAGUAACAGUAAAAAAAUAGAUAAUUCAGAGUGUUGGUAUUCUGCAUUUAUUUGGUGACUGUCUUAAUCCUUUCGUAGUUUCCAGUGCAAAUGUCUAUGUCAAAGGUCAUGGUAUAAUAACAAGAGUCAUAUGGCUUAUAUACGAGUGAUGUUUUGCCCUACCUGGUAUAUCGUACUGAAUUCUCUGUACAUUCCCAAGUACUUGCAGAAAAAUCUGUGAUUUGGUUGGGAAUGAACCUACGACCUCCUGGUAACUAACCUGGUGUCAUAACCACUAGACCACUGAGCUUGCAAUUAGUGUGGAAUCUGAUUUCCAAAAUUGCAGCGGGUACUGUAAUGCUAUUUCAAUAUGACUAAUGCCAUUAUUCUGAAUUUUUAGACCCAUAAGAAUUAACUUUAUAGUUUUAGCCGAAUGACACCAUGGCAUUCAACUACAUAUUACAUUUAACUUAUUUGUUUAUAUACCUUGAUUCUGUCACUCUUUACAUCAAUAUAAGUUUGCUUAUUGUACAGCCAUAGUUUAUUGAUUCAAUUUUUUUUUUGACAACUCCACCACUUACUUAUUUUUAAGCUGUUUAGAGAUGUUUUAUAACAUAUUAUACCCGAAGAUGUUUGUAUAUUUUCUUGAUCCAAACAGUUAUGGCCAACAGAGGUGGCUUGUAUGUAAAUAUUUUUGUAUUAUGUAAUCCUACCUUCUUUUUGUUUUGUAAAUGUUAAGGUGCAAGGUUUUUUAAAACAUUCAAAAUAUGUAAAUAAUGAUUUGUAUUGAUAAUUUAUAAUCCUUUGUUUUUGUUAGAGUGAAUGGCUAAGUGCAUUUUUUUUUCUAACUCUUAAAAUCAUCAGUCGUAUCAAAUGGUUAUCGCGUAAUGAGACAGCUAUUAAAUAAUCCAAUAACUGCCA